GUCAUGUUUUCAGAGCAGCAGUGACGGACUGAGAUCAGAACACUUCUGUGGUUAUGAGGAGAUUUUUUAGAGUUCACAGAGAUGAAGAUUAUGGUCAGAUUCAAUAUCUCACUGCCAAAUGCAUCCGACUGUCUCAAGAGAAAGCGGUGUUGCAGCGAGAACUGCUCGUGUGCAGUGAGAGGCAGCAGGCUCUACAGGCAGAGAUGGAGAAUCUGUCAUCGCGCUUGUAUCAUAAAGAGCAGCUGUAUGUUGAGUUGAGCAUCAAAUAUGAACAACUGCGGGGAACAUUCCUGCAGCCGCAGGUCCGGAGUGAUGUCAUGCAGCAGCAUGGAGUGUCUGUGACGGAGGACAGGUCACUGCUGUGUCUGCAGCUGGAGCACAUGAGCUGUGAUUUACAGCAGCUGCAGGGCUCAGAGACACAGCUGGUGGGCCUGGUGGACGAGCUGCAUCAGGAGGCCCAGCACAGAGCUCAGCAGACGGAGGUUCUGGAGAUGAAGCUCUAUGAGGAGGUGCAGUCAAAGUUACAGCUCACAGAAGACUUAAGAAUGCAAUUAAACAGUAAAUCACUUGAGCUGGAGGAGCUGCAGAUGUCCCAUGAUGCUUUGCAGCAGGACCUGUGUGACCAGAGCAUCGCCCACCAGAGGACGAUAGAGGAACUGCGGCGAGAGAACACAGAGAGUCUCCACAAACUCCAAGAGACGGCCGAACAGUUUGAGCGAAUGUGUGAGCAGCAGCGCCAGUGGAUGUGCUGUGUGAAGAGGUUUAAAGAGUGUCUGUCAGGUGAGAAGGAGUCCCUGGAGCUGCAGGUGAACAGCUUACAGAUGGAGCUGGAUGCUGUCAGGAAUACUCUUCGCCUGGAUCAUCCCACAGACGCAUGCAGCCGGUGGGAUGUUGAGGAGUCUGAUCUCCAAACUGAGGUCCUCCGAUGGAAAACUCUGUAUGAAGACCUGCUUAACAAAGUCUCCAAACAGCAGUGAUGCAAUGAGAGACAUUUAUGGACCAAAUCCACUGAUCCUGGACCACCUGAGACGCUUUAACACACAGAAACCCACCAGACCACAUCAGAUCCAGCACUGAUGUUCUGUUCUCUUCACACAACACACAGACAGAACAAAUGCACACUUUUAACUUUGUGUGCAUUUAAUCUAUACAGAACUUAUAUAUAUCUCAGUGUUGGGGACUAUGAGCUUUCUCAAAUACAGCUGUGGAAAAAAUGAAGAGACCAUUACAAAUGGAAUCAUUUAAUCAUUAUUUCAGUCCACAAAAUCAAACCUCAGGAAUGACAUAAAGUCAUCCAACAGCAAUGUGAAAGACUGACAGAAUGACAAGACACAUGAAAACUGUGAGAAAAAUCCAAGUUAUUGAAUAAAACAAUUAUUAAAAA